AUGGGCGUGACAUCCUUCGAAAGGCAUUCGAGAAAGGACGCCCCUCAAGCAGCCAAUCUGGACUUUGACGCCCGCGUCCCCAUCCCCUUCAGUGUCUUCCCGUCGUCGUACCGGAGUGACGCUGCUGCCGCUGUCUCUGAGUCGACUCAGGAGAGAGUAGAGGGCGAGGUCAAGUUUUCAGGUGCUUCGCGCGUCGGACGGGAAGAUACUCGAUACGAAGGCCCCCUCCCAGCACCCAGAACCUCGACCACCCAGCAAGCCACUGCGUCGUUUGACCAGCGUUUUGACAACGAGGAGUUCCGUCCAGUCACCGCAGACUACAGACAGACCACCGUCGUAGCUCACGAGGAACACCCCAGCCACCACCACCAGCAACACCAGCAUCAGCAUCAGCACCACCAGUACCAACAGCACGUCCCUGAAGUCCAGCUUUCCCGCGAAAGAUACGUCGAGACCAGAGACCGUCGAGAGUCUGAACUUGAUACCCAGCUUGACAUCACUGAGCGCCAAUACCGUUCCCGUACUGAUCCUCGCUACCAAGCCCAGUACGAGCCUGAACCCCACCAAGUCCGAGACGUAGAUUUCGGGUACAGCAGCAACAGCCGUACCUACAGCUCCGUCGAGAAGCCAACCGACAAAGUUCGUGAAGUCGACGUCGCCUACACCCGCGCCUACGAGACCGUCGAUUCAGCCCGCCCACCAGUCGAAGUCCGUGACAUCGACUAUCAGGAGCAGACCAAGAAGUCAGAUACCCUCAACCUCAUCUCCGAUCACCGCGUAGUUCAGGAACAAGACCCCAAAGCCAAAAUGGGUUACUACGACGACGAAGGUCAGUACCACUCCUUCCGCCGCGGAGUCGAGCGCGCUGCCGAGCGCGUGCUACACCCAUUCCACCACCGCCACCACAGCCACAGCCACACCCACGAAGAUGGAAUCAUUUCUGACGAGCGCCGCGUGGUUGAAGGUGCCCCCCGUAACGAGAACGUCCGCGUUGUCCAGCCCCGCGGUGGACACCCCCCAGACACCAUCACCAUCCCCUGCCACUUCAUCCGCAUCGGCGACCUUUUGAUCCUCCAGGGCCGUCCUUGCCAGGUCAUCCGUGUCUCCGUUUCCCAGCAGACCGGCCAGCACCGUUACCUCGGUGUCGACCUCUUCACCCGCCAGCUCCAUGAGGAGUCCAGCUUCAUCUCCAACCCAUCCCCAUCCGUCGUCGUCCAGAGCAUGCUCGGCCCCGUCUACAAGACCUACCGCGUCCUCGACAUGCGUGACGACAACCGCCUCGUUGCCAUGACCGAGACUGGUGAUGUCAAGCAGGGCCUCCGUGUCGUCGACCAGGGCAACCUCUUCAACCGCAUCUCCGAUGCCUUUGCUGAGGGCCGUGGCUCCGUCCGUGCCCUCGUCAUCAACGACGGUGGCCGCGAGCUCGUCGUCGACUACAAGGUCAUCCACGGUUCCAGACUUUAG